AAAGAGAACCUUUUAUUAGGUAACCCUGGUGAUGUACUUGGUAGGGUAUCACGUGCCCAUCUCAAUAACUACCCCUCCAUUUGCGAAUAGCUUCAAACCAAACAAACAACUCAACAGCGUCACCAAAUUGAAAUGAUUGGCGGAUUUGAUUUCCAGCUAGCUCCUGUAACAUAUUAGGUUAGGAGGCUACCAGUCUGUGCGACCUGUACAUACAUAGUACAUAUACCCCCGUCCGGUCGACCUCCGCGGCGGCGAUAUAUGUAGAGGUUAAGGGCUUGGCAGCUGUCUAGAUUGGACCAAAAUGGACUGCCGACGGACAAUGCUACGUAAUUUAUUGCCGAGCUGAAAGGAUGGAACGUCGGGGUAGUUCGGUAUCCCUACAAUUGUGUCCUAUUAGGGUUCUUAUAAGAAAGGAUCGAAUCCUUCGAGACGGAAAUAUGGCUCUGUUUUGUUAGCUACCUGCACAGCAAUCAAUACCAUGGCCGUCCCCCAUGACCCCUCAGACGCCCCCGCGAAGCGCGAACUCGAUGCGCAGCUACAGCAGAUCGAGACCGCGACGAUAUCCGGCGAAGACGCCGACUUCAAGCGCCGCGAGAUCCGCGUCGUCGCAAAGCUCGACCUGUACAUCUGCCCGAUCCUCAUCGUGCUGCAGCUGAUAUCGUUCCUGGACCGGGGCAACAUCGGGUUCGCCGCGACGCAGGGGAUGAUCGGGGACCUGAACCUGCAGGGCACGCAGCUCAACACCGCCAUAUCGCUCUUCUACCCGCUCUAUAUCCUCUCCGAGUUCCCCGCCGCGCUGAUCGCGAAAAGGGUCGGCUUCUACAGAGUCAUCCCCGCCGCGGCGACGUGCUGGGGUUUGGCGUGCUUGGGCAAUGGCUUCGCGAGGAACUUUGGCGACCUGGCGGCUUGUCGUUUGUUGAUGGGCAUGUUUGAGGGCUUCUUGAUGCCGAGUCUUACCUUGAUGUUGGCGAAUUGGUAUAAGAGGGAGGAAAUUGGGCUUAGGAUCAGUUACUUGUUUAUCGCUUCGGCCAUUUCAAGUGCAUUCAGCGGCUUGAUUGCUUACGGCAUCCUAUUCAUGAACGGGAAGGCGGGGUACCCUGGAUGGCGAUGGUUAUAUAUCAUCGAGGGCUCCGUAACCGUUGCGGUAGCUUUUCUUUGCUACUUCAUCAUUCCAAGGUCCUAUACCACUGCUUACUUCCUCAAUGAGGACGAUCGAGCGGUGAUGCGAAAGCGCGCGGAAAUAACUGAAUCAUACAGCGGUGGACAGGGGCAUUACACACGCGCCGAGUUUAUGAUGGCUAUCAAGGACGUCAAGACCUGGUUACACACCUUGAUUCAGGUUAUGUGUCUCACAAUCCUAUAUGGAUUUAGUGUCUUCCUACCCAUUAUCUUGAGGUAUGGUUUUAACUUCAGUGUUGAGCAGUCUCAGUACCUCAGCAUUCCGGUGUUCUUAUGGGGCUCUGUUAUAUACGGUGUGUGUGGCUAUCUGUCGGAUCGCUUCGCACGACGAUUCUUAGUGUGUGUCCUCGCCGCGCCACUAGGGAUGGUAGGCUAUUCAAUGCUUUUAGGAGGUAAUCACCUUUCUGUGGGAGUGAAGUAUUUUGCGUGCUUCCUGAUUGCUACCUGCGCCUGGAUGAUGGGCGGUGCGAACAUAGCCUGGCUCUCAACUAACACCGCACCCGACGGCAAGAGAGCAGCCUCACUUGGACUUGCUUUCGCUGUGGGUAACGUUGGCGGCAUUAUCUCGGGCCAGAUAUAUCCGCAGACUAUGGCACCUGGCUAUACUCUUGGGCACGCUUGGAGUCUUGGAGCGAUAUGCGUAUCCUUUUGCUUAUGGUGGGUGCUUAGGUACAUUUACUACAGCCGCGAAUCGAGUAAGCAAGAGAAUCGGGAUGGAUCAGUUGCGGACUCAGCGGAAUUCUCUGAUAGGGCUACGACUUACAAAUACCAGCAUUAAUGCUAAUACAGUAAAAUGUAACUACCUAGUAUUGAUAUCAUCUGAACCAAGGCUGAUAUGAUACCCUGACUGUGACAAUCAUCUCAGUCAGGACCUACAAGCUAGGUACGAGAUGUAUUAGGACGACAAGACUUCGGAAUCUGGGGGAAAAGAAGUAAUACAAGUUGUUUUGUUAAGGAAGAAC